ACUGAGUAACUGAGCUCAGUGGCUGCCUCAGCAUGCUUGGCUACAACAGGCACUGUGUGUAUCUGGAAGGGGACAGACAUCCUUAGAGCAAAACCCCAAGGCCCCUAACACAGCCAAUACCAGGUACCUUGUGGAUUACCAACUCCUGGUAAAGAGAAGCAAGAUCCAUGCAAUGUGGUUUUGCAAGUAACCUAUUGCCUUGGGACAGGUUCUGUGGACAGGCAUGAUGAGAAGCCUAGAAAAGCUGGUGCUGCUUCCUCUCCUGUUUGUCCUGGUUAUCCUUUGCUAUUCAGGUUUUAGCCUGAAGUGCUACAGCUGUUUGAACCCAGUCGCUGACUGCACUUCGGUCGCCAAUUGUACACCUAAUUUAGAUGCCUGUCUCCAUACCAUAGCCGGGCCACGAGUAUAUCACCAGUGUUGGAAGCUUGAGAAUUGCAACUUUGCAGACAUUUCACGGCUCUUAGGGGAGAAUGAGCUGCGAUACUACUGCUGCAGUAAGGACCUGUGUAACCAUGCUGAAAACGACGGGACCACCUUAUCCGGGAAAACAGUUUUUGCGCUGGUGACCCCCUUUCUGGCAGCAGCCUGGAACUUUUAUCUCUGACCAACACCAGGGGUACCUAUAAUCUCCCCCACUGCUGUACAUCCCCCCCCCCUUGCCUUGCUACUGCAUUCCAAAGGCUUUAUAUUCUCCAUCUGGAGUCUGUUGGAGAAGAAGUAAAUGAGCUCCAGCAACUUGAGUAAGAGAAUGAGGGACUCCGAGACUUUGAAAACCAGUUCUAUUUGCAGAGAAGCCCCACUUGAGGGAAGAAGUUUAAGAGGGAAGCAGAUGUUACUAGAACUAGGAUCAUGCUUCUUCCUCUGCUCUCUGGAAGACCAGCUUUGCAGUGAUAGCUUAUACAGGUUCCCUGCAACUCUUAGGUAUUACCUCUCUGAUUCCCUGAAUAUAGUUGAAUAGAAUGAGUAGCAUAUGGGAAAGUUAUGCCAGGGGAAUUCUUUUAAGCCUUCUCUCAUAUAUGGAAUGGUUUGUUAAGCCUCAGGGCUCCUGUGUGACCACAGAUGUUCCAGAUGUGGGCCGUCAGUCUGGGGGGGGGAUGCAGCAAGAGCAGGGCAAGAAAGCCUGGCAUGGAAGGAGAUAAGAAACACAAGGUCCAUAUAGAAAGAUACCUGACAUUUGAGUUCUAUCUCUAAAUUUUGUAUGGGCUUUGCAUUCUUCCACUGGAAAAAAUUAAUAGCAUAAAUUAAUAAUAAGUUAAAACAAUUCCCUCUGCCUUUUUUUUUAAUAGGAACCAUGGGAUACCUUGGCUCUGCCACACACAAUUAAACAAUGAACCUUAUAUGCCGCACGUGA